GUAUUGCUGUCAUAUUCUCCUAACAACCUCUUCGAUCUUCUUCGCUUCACCGCCAUCUCACCUCUCCCAUUUCUCUCCUUUUGAAGCUUCCUGUCAUCUCUCACUCAUUGAAUGCUGUAUUUCUCUCUAACCUUGCCUUCACCCGACAGCUAAGUAAGAUCUUCCUUCUUCUUCAAUUCAUUCAAGAUUGUUGAUGUUCUUUCUUCUGGGAAUCCGGGUCUGUUUUUCUUGAGAUUUGGGGAAAAAACCCAUUUUGUUCUAUUCCCCAAUGAUGCGAAAGUUGGUAUGUAGGUGGUAGCUUCCAGCUUCAAUUUUUGAAAAAUAAAAGCUGUAAUUUGAGUGUUAGAUAUGUAUAGCUGUGUUGGUUUUCUCUGUACUUGAAUGUUUUACUUGAUGUGAUGUGUUGCUCUAUUUUGGAACUCUUGUACUUCUAUGAGCUGAAUGGGGGACAUUGAUUUCGAACUGAUGCUGUAAUUUUGUUAAUUGUUAGUUAGGAGUUGUUUAUAGAGAAAAGGGUUGUUGAAGAUCUUGAAGUUAUGAACUUUUCAUCGUUUUUGGUUGGGAGUUUGUUGAAUGUUGUGGUGAGCCGAGAUGGUAAAAGAAAGAUGCCUAGUUUCAAGAAUGGUUCUGUGAAUAUACUGGUAUUAUAAAUUGAUUGAGAUGGUGAAUAAUUUUAGGAGUACAUCAUUUAACAGAAGGGCGUUGAAUGCCGAAGGCCCUGGAAUUUUAAAUGCUGCGAGCCCCAAAGCUUUGAAUGUUGUAAGCACUAAACCUUUGUGUUUCACUAGUCCUAGAGUUUAUCAUAGGUUGUGCUGGGUUUCACGCUUGUUUCCUGUCCUUACUCUCGUUGGGACUUUGCUUUCAUUUAUUAUACUACUUAAUGGGGGUUAUACAUACGUUGUCCCUAGUCUGAGUCAAGCACUUCAUGGUUAUGGCGUGUUAACAACCAAUGAUUCUAGAAAUGUGUGUGAUACUUUUGAUGGAAGCUGGGUUAUAGAUGAUGAUUACCCAUUAUACAAUGCUUCAGAUUGUCCAUUUUUGGAAAAAGGAUUUAAUUGCUUGGGAAAUGGCAGGAAAGAUGAAGAUUAUCUCAAAUGGAGAUGGAAACCUAAAAAUUGCGAUAUUCCAAGGUUUAACGUUCACAAUGUCCUGGAAAUGCUUCGAGAUAAAAGGAUUGUUUUUGUUGGAGAUUCUAUGAGUAGAACGCAGUGGGAAUCAUUGAUAUGCUUGAUCAUGACUGGAGUAGAAGAUAAGAGGAGUGUUUAUGAAGUUAAUGGCAAUAAGAUAACAAAACGUAUCAGAUUUCUUGGUGUUCGGUUUGCUUCCUUCAACUUUACCAUUGAGUUCUUUCGCUCAGUUUUCUUGGUGCAACAUGGUUGGAUGCCUAGGCAUGCACCAAAGCGUGUUAGGUCAACCCUUAAGUUGGAUAAACUGGAUGAUAUUAACAACGAGUGGAUUAAUGCAGAUGUUCUCAUAUUCAACACUGGACAAUGGUGGGUUCCAGGGAAGCUCUUUGAAACUGGUUGCUACUUCCAGAUUGGGAACUCAGUAAAGCUUGGAAUGACAAUUCCUGCUGCAUAUAAAACGGCAUUAAGCACUUGGGCAUCAUGGGUUGAGAACACGAUUGACACCAGCAGAACACUUGUCUUCUUCCGAACAUUUGAGCCAUCUCACUGGAGUGAAAAAUCCCGCCGGUUUUGCAAUGUGACCCAGAACCCAUUGUCAGAAACCGAAGGGAGGGAUCAAAGCAUUUUUUCGGAGACUGUAUUUGAUGUGGUAAAGAAUAUGACUGUUCCUAUAACCAUUCUGCAAGUAACUUCAAUGUCAGCCUUCCGGAGAGAUGCACAUGUGGGUGGGUGGAGUGACAAUCCAUUGGUACCCGAUUGUAGCCAUUGGUGUCUUCCCGGUUUACCUGAUGUCUGGAACGAAAUUUUCCUCUCGUACCUGCUUGCUGAUUAUGGACUUUCUGGAGGGAAUGGAAAUGAAAGACUGGAUGGGCAAGUACCAUGACUGAACCCUCUUGGCCGAACUCGAAAAGAACAGGGAUUGAAGUUUCUUGGUUCAAAUGAGGGAAGAACCCAAUUUUUAGUUUUGAUUUUUACAGGGAAGAGAAAUCUGUAAGGGAGGCUAAUCUAUUUGUUUCAUUCAUUGGUGCCUUUGUCUUCAUUUUUUCAACAUUUACAACGACAAGAUUGGGGCUAAAAUUGGGGGUAUUGGGAUGUUUGUCUGUUAAAAUGUCAAAAUUUUGAUGAUUCGAUACAU